CUUCUUCAUCACUCCCUCGUGUCAGUUAUUCCUAAAACGUGAAUCGAGUAAAUGAGAGCUCCAACUUAAACGCACGGUGACCCUGCUCUAUCCUUGCCGUGACGCGGCCGCUGCCCACCGUGACCCUGUCGUCGAAGGAGAGCUCCAACGAAAACCCACGGUGAUCCUGCCCUAACCCUGCCGUGACGCUGCCCACCGUUGUCGUCGAAAAAGAGCUCCAACGAAAACCCACGGUGACCCUGCCCUGGCCCUAUCGUGACACGGCCUCUGCCACCGUAGAGGGACCCUGCCGUGCUCGCUGUCCGUACUGACUGUCGAGGGGAGGAUUAUUCCAGUAUUCCAGUUAGGGAAGUGAACUAUGGGGUCCAAUGUUGGUAAGUUAAUUGGAGGAUUAUUAGAAGUAAUCAAGCUAACCAAGAUCUUGAGUGUUUCUUCCUAAGUAGCUUUUCUUGGAGCAAAGUGUGGAUUUUGACAACUACAAGUCCAUAGGGAAUCUCUGUGUGCUACUUAUACUGUCCAUGAUCAGUUUAUAUUAUGUUCCGUGGGGUAUUUGGUAUUGGAAGAAAUUCUGGUUUUGUUCACGGUUAUGGUUAUCGACAAGGAUACAUUUACCAGCAGAAGUUUAGUUUGGUGAACAUAAAAUUGAAAUGGGUAAAAGAUAGGACAUUGGAUGCUGUUGUUGCUGGUCAAAGGGAUGUUAAGGCAACUGGGAUCCUUGUCUCCAUAAUUCAUUCUUCUUCCCAAUGCUGCCUUCCAAUAUACCAUCUUUCUCCCUACCGUGGACAACUUGGUCUUCCCAGUGACCUCAAACUCUCUACCUUUAUAAGAAGAUAUCCGAAUAUAUUUGUUGAGUCCUGUUUUCUUGAUAGUGGAGGUUCUCCUGUCCCAUGGUUCAGUCUGAGUCCUGAAGCCUUGGAGCUUCACCACCGGGAAGUCAGCAUCCUUCAGCAAAGUCAAUUGGAACUUAGGGAUAGGCUGUGCAAAUUGCUUAUGCUCACGGCUCAUAGGAUCCUUCCACUACAAACCAUUGACCAGUUAAAAUGGGAUUUGGGUUUACCAUAUGAUUACCAGCGUUCUUUUAUUCCAAAUCACCCUGAAAGAUUCGCAUAUGUUCGCCUUCCUGAUGAUCGUGUUGGGUUGAAAUUGUUAUUUUGGGAUGACAAGCUUUCCAUCUCAGAGUUACAGAAGAAUAGUUCUCUACAGCAAAAGGGAGAAGACAUAAAAAAUGGAUCGUUAGCAUUUCCAGUUAGUUUUACCAGGGGUUUUGGUUUGAAAAGAAAAUGCAUGGAGUGGCUGAAAGAGUGGCAGAAACUCCCAUAUACUUCACCUUAUGCCGAUGCCUCUCAUUUGGAUCCCCGCACUGAUGUUUCUGAGAAAAGAAUUGUUGGAGUCUUCCAUGAGCUCCUUCACCUUACACUUCAUAAACAAACUGAGCGCAAGAAUGUCAGCAACUUGCGUAGACCCCUGUCACUGCCGCAGAAGUUUACUAAAGCGUUUGAACGUCAUCCUGGUAUAUUUUAUAUUUCCAAGAAGAGUGACACCCAAACAGUUGUUCUCAGGGAGGCCUAUUACGGUCAAGAACCUGUGCAGAAUCAUCCCCUCCUACAAAUUAGAGAGGGAUUCGCAAGCCUAAUGAAGAAAGGGCUGUUGGAUAGGAGUAGGGGUGUAUACAGAAGAAACAGAGAUACUAAUUCGGUGGAUGGUUUGAGAAACGAGGUUUGCAUUUCUGAUAAAACUAACCAGAUUAGUUCUAAGGAUAAAUCAGAUUCCAUGUUUUAUGAUUAUGAUUCAGAUAGCCCUCUACAAAGCCCUUGCCGAUAUAUGUGAAUGUGGUAAUUUCUAUUUGGCCACUGUCUUAGUGUGGCUUCGAUUCGUGAGAAUCUUAAAUAUGGCAUAGAGAGGAUGUUUAGAUAUUACUACUGUUCAGCCACCUCCUUCUGCUACCUUAUUUAUGAAGUUCUGUCAACAACCAAGCAUAUCAGCAAUGCUAUCAUCUUAACAAGGAGGGUCAUUUUAGGAUUAGAUGCAAUAUUCUGGAAUAAGGGUACAGCUCAAUCUCGUUAGAAGAUUACUGACAUGGGAUAUAUUUAAGACAUAAAAAGCUACAAUUCAAUUCACUGUAAGAAAUUUUUGGUAUCAAUUUUUAUGGGAAUUACAAAUUUAGCUCAAAA